AUGGAUGUUGAAGAGGAGCGCUUUCCUAGACUAAGGCAAGUUCUGCUUCUCUUUGUUUUGCUGGCUCAGACCUACGCAGAGCAGAAAGGUUACACUGUAGCAGAAGAAACAGAGAGCGGUUCUUUUGUGGCCAAUCUAGCAAAGGACCUAGGGCUAGGGGUAAAAGAGCUGUCCUGGCGGAAGGCUCGGGUCAUUUUUAACGAUAACAAAAAACAUUUUCAGCUGAACCUUCAGACCGGAGAUUUGCAAGUAAAUGAGAAACUGGAUCGGGAGGAACUGUGUGGCCCCACUGAGCCUUGUGUGCUCCAAUUCCAGGUGUUACUGGAAGAACCUCUGGAGGUUUACAGGUUUAAACUUUUGGUCACUGAUAUAAAUGACAAUUCUCCUGUGUUCCCAGAAGCAGAAAUGAUUUUGAAAAUCAUGGAAAAUACUGUUCCGGGAACUGUGUUUCCAUUGAAAAAUGCUCAAGAUUUGGAUGUAGGCAUCAAUAACAUUCGAAACUACACCAUCUACCCCAACUCCCACUUCCACGUUCUCACUCGCAAUGGCGGUGAGGGCAGAAAAUAUCCGGAGCUGGUUCUGGACAAAGCCCUGGAUCGUGAGGAGCAGACAGAGCUCAGGUUAACUCUCAUGGCCGUAGAUGGUGGAGCUCCUCCCCAAAAUGGCACUGCCCUGGUCCGCAUUGAUGUUUUAGACAUCAAUGACAACGCCCCUGAGUUUGUGCAGCCACUAUAUCACGUGCAGAUCCCAGAAAACAGCCCCCUCGGAUCCCUUGUUGCCACUGUUUCCGCUAAAGAUUUGGACAUGGGAAUAAAUGGUGAAAUAGUCUACUCAUUUUUUUACGGUGAUGAAGAGAUUUCCAAGACAUUUGCAGUUAAUGAACUCACGGGAGAUAUUAGAAUAAUUAGGAAAUUAGAUUUUGAAAAAAUUAUGUCAUAUGAAGUGGAUAUUAAAGCCUCAGAUGGGGCAGGUCUUUCUGGAAAAUGCACUGUCAUAAUACACGUAGUAGAUAUUAAUGACAACGCUCCAGAACUGACCGUGGCUUCAUUUGCAAGCCUGGUACCGGAAAAUUCCCCCGAGACCACGGUAGCUCUUUUCAGUAUUCAAGACCGAGAUUCUGGGGAAAAUGGAAGAAUGGUUUGUUCCAUUCAGGAUGAUAUUCCGUUUGUGCUGAAACCUUCCGUUGAGAAUUACUACAGGCUGGUAACAGAAGGAGCACUGGAUAGAGAGACGACAGCCGAGUACAACAUCACCAUCACCGUCACCGACUUGGGGACGCCCAGGCUCAAAACCGAGCACAGCAUAACCGUGCAGGUCUCCGACGUCAACGACAACGCCCCUGCCUUCACACAAAGCUCCUACACCCUGUUCGUCCGCGAGAACAACAGCCCCGCCCUGCACAUCGGCAGCGUCAGCGCCACAGACAGAGACUCGGGCACCAACGCCCAGGUCACCUACUCGCUGCUGCCGACCCACGACCCGCACCUGGCCCUCGCCUCCCUGGUGUCCAUCAACGCGGACAGCGGACACCUGUUCGCCCUGCGGUCGCUGGACUACGAGGCCCUGCGGGCGUUCGAGUUCCGCGUGGGCGCGGCAGACAGAGGCUCCCCCGCGCUGAGCAGCGACGCGCUGGUGCGCGUGGUGCUGGUGGACGACAACGACAACGCGCCCUUCGUGCUGUACCCGCUGCAGAACGGCUCUGCGCCCUGCACCGAGCUGCUGCCCAGGCAGGCCGAGGCGGGCUCCCUGGUGACCAAGGUGGUGGCGGUGGACGGCGACUCGGGCCAGAACGCCUGGCUGUCGUACCAGCUGCUCAAGGCCACGGAGCCCGGGCUGUUCGGCGUGUGGGCGCACAACGGCGAGGUGCGCACGGCCCGGCUGCUGAGCGAGCGCGACGCGGCCAGGCACAGACUGCUGGUGCUGGUCAAGGACAAUGGCGAGCCGCCGCUGUCGGCCACCGUCACGCUGCACGUGCUGCUGGUGGACGGCUUCUCCCAGCCCUACCUGCCGCUGCCGGAAGCGGCGCCGGAGCGGGCGCAGGCCGACUCGCUCACCGUCUACUUGGUCAUCGCGCUGGCCUCGGUCACCUCGCUCUUCCUGUUCUCGGUGCUCCUGUUGGUGGCGGUGCGGCUGUGCAGGAGGCGCAGGGCGGCCUCGGAGGGCCGCUGCUCGGUGCCUGGGGGCCGCUUUCCGGGCCACCUGGUGGACGUCAGCGGUACGGGGACCCUGUCCCAGAGCUACCAGUAUGAGGUGUGUCUGAUGGGAGAGUCAGGGACCAGCGAGUUCAAGUUUCUGAAGUCCGUUACACCCAACCAUCAGGGGGCUAUGGAUAUUGUAGAGAUAAAUCCCAACUUUGCUAAUGGCUGUGGAUUCAAUUAG